CAGUUCUGUGUCCCUGAAAUAACAAUUCUGUGUCCCUCAGUAACAAUUCUGUGUCCCUCAGUAACAAUUCUGUGUCUGUCCCUCAGUAACAAUUCUGUGUCCCUGAGUAACAGUUCUGUGUCCCUGAGUAACAAUUCUGUGUCCCUGAGUAACAGUUCUGUGUCCCUGAGUAACAAUUCUGUGUCCCCCAGUAACAAUUCUGUGUCCCUGAGUAACAAUUCUGUGUCCCCCAGUAACAAUUCUGUGUCCCUCAGUAACAAUUCUGUGUCCCUCAGUAACAAUUCUGUGUCUGUCCCUGAGUAACAAUUCUGUGUCCCUGAGUAACAGUUCUGUGUCCCUGAGUAACAAUUC